UUUUUCUAUCGGCGAAAGAAACCACCGUGACUGCGAUCGUUAGGUAUCUAAAGAAAAGUCUCAUCGAGCAACCGUAGAAUCCUACUGGUAACGAUGGAUACGAGAUUAUCACUGUUGUUGAUUUGCGUGUCGUUUGUUCUCCUUUCUGGACUCGGCCAGUUUGUGAUCUGUAGUCAAGAAAAAGAAACUUACAACGACGUCGUGAGGAUGAAGCUCGGUGGAUAUAGAGAUUCCACGAAUAAUCGGAACGGUGGAGGAGAGAUCGAUGAUAUAGCACUCUUUGCUGUUCAGGAACACAACAAGCGAGAGAAUUGUGUUGUUGAGCUUGCUAGAGUAUUAAAGGCAACAGAGCAGGUGGUAGCUGGGAAACUCUACAGUCUUACACUUGAAGUUAUAGAAGCUGGUGAGAAGAAGAUUUAUGAAGCUAAAGUUUGGGUGAAGCCGUGGAUGAAGAAUUUCAAGCAGCUUCAGGAGUUCAAGAGUGUUGUCCCCUCCUUUACUGUUUCCGACCUUGGCUUGAAAUCAGAUGGGAAUGGAUUUGAGUGGAGAUCGGUAUCAACAAAUGACCCGGAGGUCCAAGAGGCAGCAAAACACGCUGUGAAGUCGAUUCAACAGAGAUCAAACUCGCUGUUUCCUUAUAAACUCGUGGACAUAAUCCUAGCCAGGGCAAAGGUGGUUGAAGACCGUGUGAAAUUCGAACUGCUUUUGAAGCUAGAGAAGGGAAACAAAGCGGAGAAGCUCAUGGUUGAAGUGAUGAAGUACCAAAACGGCAAGUUUCACUAGAGUUGUUGUUGGAUAGGUUGUGUCUGAUUAAAUAAAAGACUGAAUGUUGUGAUGAAAAUAAACUUGUUUGCCCUGUAAAAAAGAAGUUUUUAUGUAAGUAAAUAUGUAAAAAAAUUCCACUAAACAUUGGAAGUAAAGGGUGACUAAUAUAUGUGUGUUGAACAUUAAA